UGAGACCACCAGGAGUGAUUCCUGAGCACCACUAGGUAUGUCUCAAAAACAAAAUAAUUCAGUGACAUCUCUGGUCUAUGGCAAAAAUGGAAAGAUUUGGCUUCUAGGCUGGUUUUACUGGGAGUUUCAGGGUGAAACUGGCAUCUGUGAUUUCUUUCUCUCUAGCUCUUUCUGUGGACCUUGCCCUUCUCCCAGACACAAGCCCAAAGGAAGAGAGUGAUCUUAAAUCCUUAAAGCCAUGUCUGUGGACUUGGUGACAUUCAGGGAUGUGGCUGUAGAUUUCUCCCAGGAGGAAUGGGAGUGGCUGACUCCUGUUCAGAGACAGCUAUACAAGAAGGUAAUGCUGGAGAACUACAGGAGCUUGGUAUCGCUGGGAGUUUCCAUUUCUAAACCAGAUGUGAUCUCAUUAUUGGAGCAAGGAAAAGAGCCUUGGAUGGUGAAGGAGAAUGCAAGAGGUACAUAUACUGAUUGGGAAUAUUCAUUUACAAACAGUGAAUUUUCAUCAAGUCAAGUCAUUUAUAAAGAAUUACCCAAAGUAAUGAGAAUGGGAAGAAGCCAUCUCAUUUAUACCUCUGACUGCUCCAGUUUCAGAGAAGACUAUAAAAAUGAGAAGAGGUGUGAGAACCAUCUGGAAAAUCAGAAGGUAUAUUCUAGUCAGUUGAUCAUUACUCAUAAAAAAAUUCUUGCUGAAGAUCAAGAUAAUGAAUAUACUAAAUCGUGGCAAACUUUUCAUCAGGAUGCAAUACUUGAUAUAAAGCAGUGUUUUCCCACCAAAGAAAGAAUUAAGUGUAAGCCACAAAAGAGAAGUUACCAGAAAAAAAAAGUUAAAAUGAAACAUAAAGUUUAUAUAGAAAAGAAACUUUUAAAAUGUAAUGAAUGUGAGAAAGUCUUCAACCAGAGUUCAUCUCUUACUCUUCAUCAGCGAAUUCAUACUGGAGAGAAACCCUACACAUGUGUUGAAUGUGGCAAAACCUUCAGCCAGAGUGCAAACCUAGCACAACAUAAAAGAAUACAUACUGGAGAGAAACCUUAUGAAUGUAAGGAAUGUAGGAAAGCCUUCAGUCAGAAUGCACACCUGGCUCAACACCAGAGAGUUCAUACUGGAGAAAAACCUUAUCAGUGUAAAGAAUGUAAAAAAGCCUUUAGCCAGAUUGCACACCUGACUCAGCACCAGAGAGUUCAUACUGGAGAGAGGCCUUUUGAAUGUAUUGAAUGUGGGAAGGCCUUUAGUAAUGGCUCAUUUCUUGCUCAGCAUCAAAGAAUUCAUACAGGAGAGAAGCCUUAUAUAUGCAAUGUGUGUAGAAAAGCCUUUAGCCAUCGUGGAUACCUAAUUGUACAUCAAAGAAUUCAUACUGGAGAAAGACCUUACAAAUGUAAGGAAUGUAGAAAAGCCUUCAGUCAAUAUGCACACCUGGCUCAGCAUCAGAGAGUUCAUACUGGAGAGAAACCCUAUGAAUGUAAAAUCUGCAGAAAAUCCUUCAGCCAGAUUGCAUACCUUGAUCAACAUCAAAGGGUCCAUACUGGGGAGAAACCAUAUGAAUGUACUGAAUGUGGGAAGGCCUUUAGCAACAGUUCGUCAUUGGCACAACAUCAAAGAAGUCAUACUGGAGAAAAACCUUAUAUGUGUAAGGAAUGUAGAAAAACAUUCAGCCAAAAUGCAGGCCUGACCCAGCACCAAAGGAUUCAUACUGGAGAGAAACCUUAUGAAUGUAAUAUUUGUGGCAAAGCCUUUAGCUAUAGUGGAUCUCUUACUCUACAUCAAAGAAUUCAUACUGGAGAGAGACCCUAUGAGUGUAAGAAUUGCAGAAAAUCUUUCAGACAGCGUGCGCACCUUGCUCAUCAUGAAAGAAUCCAUACAAUGGAAUCAUUUUUGACCCUGUCUUCUCCCUCACACUCAUACCCAAUCCACUGCCGAGACCUAUAGGUUUUGCCUCCUAAAUAUGCCCAGAUUCUGAAUAUUCCAUUUUCAUACCAUCAUUUUUGUCCAAUAUAAAAUAAUCUAUUUGACCUGAGUUAUGGAAAUAGCUUUCUAGCUGGUCUUACUGUAUUUGCCAUUUUCUGCCAUUUUUCCAUAUUGCAGCCAAACAUGAAUGUAACUGUUUGAUCAUAUGCUGGAGAGAUGGCCAAGAUUAA